AUGGACAGUGGUCUUCUGUUAAAGUACAAAGACGUCAUCAAGUUUCUGGGGAAAACCAGUGGGUAUGGCAGUAACAUCACUUUAAAAAAUGUAAGUUAAUUUAUGUGUAAUAUUGAUUUGUAAAGCGGGGAAAACUUGCUAGUAAGACACUCAAGCAAAAAGAGGGUGUUACACUUUUUAGUGUCAUACCAAAGAGGUUUUGCUGUAGUUCUACUUUUUUGAACAACUUAAUACUACGACUUACAGGCAAUAAGCAUAGCAGACGCUAAACUAGAACUCCUUCACAACUACAAUCAGCAGCCAUCGUGGCUGUUCGAAAGAUGGGCACAGCAUGACAAUAAGAGCACGUUGGAGAUUUUACUGCAUUUGAAGAAGAUACGACGAUUAGCACAAUUUACAGAUCCAAAUUUGGCUAGACUAAGGGGUGGCUAUUUAUUGGGGGAUUGGGUUAAGCGACUAGAACGACUCAAAAAUGGCACUGAGACACGGAAGAUGGUCAUGUAUUCGGCUGUAAGUAGUUACAACAAUAUGGCUUUUUUGUUUUAUUACUCUAUUUUUCGUGUUAUUACUGUGUUUUUUGUACUGUAAUUACUAUAUUUGUAUUAAACGCAAUGUCAACAAUCUUAUAAUUGAAAACAAAACGGUAUUUGAAUUAAAAUACGUAUAAAUUAUGUUCAAACAUGAUUUUCAGCACGAUGGCACGUUGUUAGCACUAAUGGGCACAAUGGGCAUCUUGGACGGAGAAAUGGUACCAUACGCCAGCGCCCUAAUCAUGGAAGUUUCAGAAGAUACGGAUGGACAAUUAUAUAUUGAGGUAUUUAGGUUACCACAGUCUUUACAUUACAAAUUGAUAAGAUAUCCCAGUUAUUAGUAUAAUAUAUAAUAUGACUUUACUUUUUUUUUAAUUUUAGAUGUACUACCGUAAGACAGACUACGGUAGUUUGGUGAAACAAAAGUCUGAAUUCAAACUGAAAAGAUUUAAAUUUGAAUGUGGAGAGAAGUGUCAUAUUGAUGACUUUAUUGACGAAAUGAAGCCUAAGGCCGUAUUUUCAAAGAAAGACAUGUACCAGGUAAGGCUAACGUAUCUGGAAAAUACUAUUAGGUUGUUAGGUAAGUCGUGGGCCCCCCUAACCGUGUAUCAGAAAAAAAUUUUUUGCGUUACAACAAGAACGAAUUAUUAAUCAAAAUAGUUAUCAUCAACAUUAACACAAUGUGUCCAACGUUUUUAAGCAUUUUUAUCCCAGUAGCAUAGGAUUCAGAAUUUCUAGAGCCUAAGAAAAUUUUGAUGGCUUCCAUGAAAUCGUCAUCUUCAGUGGAUUGUCGCUGACACAUAA